UAGCCUACACGUGUGUACAGUACAUAUUGUGUUUUACCAAUUUCAAGGUUAUGAAAUAGUGUAAACAAUUGCAUUAAGUAGAGAGAAUCUGUGAAUUUAAUUAAAAUAUGGAUUUUAAAAAGAAUCUUCGGAGUAAUGUGUGUUUGUAGUGACAGUAGGACUGUAAAAGGAAAUGCUUCUUGAAAUGUCUACAAACGUGAUUUGUAUUGCUGAAUGUGGAUUAUCAAGUAAGAUGUUUGCUUCUUUAUUUCACAUACUGUAUCAAUGUGUAUGUAAUGUACUGCAGAGCUAGUGCGUAAUGGUGCAAUACCGUUGUUAAUUGCAUGCCUUUGUGGUAGCAGUUCGCCUGGACAUUGAUAGAUCUACUGUGUUGAUGUUUUUUUAUUAACAAAUGCGGCCUCAAUGCGGAUAAACGGACGAAAAUAUUUUAAUAUGGGUCUCGUCAAUCAACCGAUUAGUGAAUUACAGACGGGAGCCCGGUAACGGCAUAAAAUCCACUCAUGAUUCAUUGUCGGAUAAAAUCUGUUGCCGUAGUGUCAGAGCUUGGUUCCGUUGCGUCCGUCGUUCCAAAGUCGGUCCAAGAAGUCCAACAUGUCUGUUUAUGUUGUCAGCUGAACACCUGAAUAAUUUUUCAUCCGUCAAGUCCUUCAAAUUUUGUCUGUAAAUACGUCGAAUUGUACGGCGGCCAUGUUUGAGUGGUUACUUUGUGGUUACCAAGCUCCCGUAGGUGGGUUAAAAUUAACCGUGGUUAUAUUGUGGUUACCACGAAUGACGUUAUUUAUACAAGCGCUUACCACGAUGUUACCAUGUUGGUUGCCGGCACUUAGUGUUUACCGCGCGGUGAAAUGUUUUAUACAAUUGGCUGCUGGUAGUUAUAGGCAUGAGCGGGCAAAAGCAAUUUCAUUUAUUGCCAGGGCCAAACCUGUUACUGGUCAGGUAUUUUUUAUGAGAGUAAUCUGUGUGACAGCCUACCCUGCUCAGCUAACGAAAGAAUUAAUGCGCAGCGGACGACUUGAUUAAUGAACAUAUUUAUAUUACUACACAACCACUGACAUUACAUAUUCGCAUUUUCCAAAUGUGUAGUAACACAAGCAUUCCUAACACAUAAAGUGAUGGGACAUUAUACGUUUGUUUGUGUGUGUGUGUGUGUUUUUUUUUUAAUUACUAUGUGUUGCACUCUUGGAACUUGUUGGAGAGAGAAAAUCAAGAAAUACUUUAUAUCUAAAGCUUCAGUGGAGAAGUCAAAUAUCGGAACACUUCUAAGAAUAUGCAUUUUUAUACUUCUUUUUACGCGAAAUAUAUUUUUUGGAGUUGAUACGAAACAGACUGAAAAUUAAAGGAUAUAAAAUCAUCUCUUUUAUAAAUUUAUAAAACGACAGUUGUUUGAUCGCCAUAUAUUGUAAAUUGUUUCGGUUUGAUUUAAAUAAACAUUUGGCGAGAAAAGAAGAAAUAAAAUACUUCAUUUAAUGUGUUUGAAAUGAUGUUCUUGAUGGAUGGUUUGAUAUUACUUUAAAUCGUUUAAACGAAUAAUAAUACUGUAAAAUCAGUUAUAUUGCCGCGAGUCUGAAAUUACGCUAUUUUUGAGAAUUGAAAUUGGUGCCCCUGGUAAGCUAUUCGCGGUAUAUGGCCACCAUGUAGACUUAUUAAUAACACUAACGCUUUUGAUUUUGUUUGACUUUUAUAAAUACGACAGUGAGCGAAUGUAGUGAAAAUAAGUGCCUAGCAAAUUGUUUGGAUCUAUAGUUUAUAGAUACAAGCCCCGCUGUUAAAAUUGUACAGGUUAUCAAAACAUAUGAAUUCACGGCAGUAUUUACUAAAUUGUGAUCUAGUAUAAUAAGCAGUGUUGUCCGCAUAAAAUGGAGCUUAUUACGGUCAAAACGGAGGUUCCGUCCGUGGCGGCUAAAAUUGUCCAUGACGGGAAUUUGUCAGGCAUACAUCUUCCUGACCACAUCAACGGUGGUGUUAAUAAAACUCAGCUGAAAUUUGCUGGUACAAAUAAUCCAGUGAUGAAAAUAGCACGAAAAACAAAGACAUGUGUGGAUGAUAACUUUGACAGGAUUGUUUUGUUUGGGAAAGUUUUGUUGUUUCUGGGAUAUUUUGUAUAUUUCGGGGUCGCGUUAUCUUACCACAUAGGAGAUGAAGGCUCCUGGAGGCUUAUCGGAUGUACGAUUCUAGGGGGUUGGAUAAUCUCCUGGAGUUUGCUGAAGAAGACACGGUGUUACUCUAGCUGGUCUUCCUUUGUUGACAAGAUAUAUGAUAAAUAUUCAAAGGGGAAGAGCAGUUUGAUAGUAAGAUGGUCAUUGUACGUGGCCAUGACGGCGUUCAUGAUUGUUUAUGUGAUUAUGUUUGUGGCAAUGAAGACACCAGGAAAUCUGCGGUCUUUGAUAGGGCUAUUCGGAUUCCCAUUUUUACUGUUCCUGUAUUCAAACAACAGGCGUAAGAUCAACUGGCAUACAAUUUACUGGGCUAUGGCCUUGCAGUUUGUUAUGGCAUUGUUGAUACUGAAGACGAGUUGGGGAGCAUCCAUUAUACGUUGGUGCGGUGACAGACUCGAGUCUUUCAUUGGUAAUGGAGAAGCCGGAAGUAUUUUCAUAUUUGGGGAAAAAUAUAAGGAUCAUCCUUUUGCGUUUGGUUCAAUGGUCCAAGCUUUCGUUCUCAUCGUCGGCAUGUCGGUUUUGACAUAUCUCGGCGUCAUCAAGUACGUUGUUGAAACUGUAGGACGGGCACUUGCAUUCUGCAUUGGAACAAGCCCGUCGGAGGGAAUCAACGCUGUUGGAAAUAUAUUCUUACAUGUGCCAGAAUCAGUUAUGUUAAUACAAGAGUACCUGCCGGAUAUGACGCCAUCUCAGCUGUUUGUGACGUAUGCCGGUGGUAUGGCCACUGUUGGCGGAGUAGCUCUAGUGAUCUUCAUGUCUUCUGGGGUGCCAGCGGCUCCAUUGGUCGCAGCAUCUGCCAUGUCGGCGCCGGCAGCUCUAGCCGCAGCUAAACUUUGUUUUCCUUCUCACGAUGAAGAAGAAGUUCCAAUACCGACGGACGACGAUAAAGGUUUAGCAGAAAAAGCGUCUUUUCUAAGACAUCCAAAAUCAUUAAUGGAUUCAAUCAUACUCGGAAUACGUCAGAGCAUUUCGCUUGUUGUGCAGGCUGUUGCUUACGUCAUGACCUUCGUCAUAAUUUUGGAAUUUGUAAACAACACGUUGACGUGGUUUGGUGACAGGAUAGGUGUAGAAAACAUGACAAUAGAGUUCCUGUUUUCGUUUGUGUUCUACCCCUUUGCAUUCAUGAUGGGAGCAAGACCAGAAGAUUGUUUAUUCAUCGGAGAGCUUCUUGGAAUACGGACCUUCAGUUUGGCAGUUGUAGCAUAUCCCAAGUUAGGCCCUAUCAUACUGAAUGGUUUGGCUUAUCGUUCCUACAUUGGCGAAAGUGUAAACAAUACAUGGACUCAAGUUGGUGACGACAUCUUUUUGGACAACCUGAAUCAGACACUAGUGGGUGGAGUGAUUGAUCAAAGAUCGGAAAUAAUUGCUACCUACGCAUUGUGUGGCUCAGCCUCGUUUGCGAUCAUGGGUUUGAUCAUCGGUUCCUUUGAAGUGAUCGUUCCAAACAGAAUAGGGGAGAUAACUGAAAAUAUUUUCAGAUCAAUGGUUGCUGGAACUGUAGCAAGUUAUCUCACAGCUAGUUUUGCAGGAUUACUGUACGAGGAUUCAGUGGUGACAUAGUGGUGAAAAUCUCUACUAAAGACUCUUCAAAGCAUUGUUACCGCUGAAUGAUGAAAAUCUGGGCAUUCUUUUUUCUUUCUUGAUAUUUUCUAACACUUGCGUGUAAUAUCUUAGAUUACGUAAUUACUUUUAUAAAACCUUAUGAAUUGAAUAUUUGAACCUAUACAGGCUGUCUCUCGACUUGUUUAUGCAUUAAAUAUUUGACCAUUUAUUUGAUUAUAACAUGAUUUAAUGCAUAGUCUACAGAUAGAGAGCUUUGUUCAUUUACAUCUUGAGUGUUUGUGUGAAUUUAUAUUUUAAUGAUUAUUGUUUGCUGUUGAAUAAAUCAGAUGAUCCAG